ACACACGAUCCAAAACCGAUAACGCAGGCUGGAUUGAGUCGGAAUCGUGUCGAUGUCGGAAAAGAUCGCCCGAGGGCAUCACUAUUCAUGAUGAGUUGAUAAUGUUAAUUAUUUUUCUUAACAAAUGCAUUUUCAGGGCGCUUGUGGACGAAAACAGUCUUUUUUCGAUGGCAGUGUUUUUAAUUGGGAACUUAUUGAAAAUUUCACCUUGAACUAUUGGACAAGUGCUAAUGAUUUUCAUAGAAGACAUUCUGACGCGUUCCGUUAUAGCUGAAUCGACAUUCUUCUAGAAUGAAUGGCCAAAAUAAUGGAUUAAAAGGGAGAGAGUACCAUUAAAAGUACAAUAAUGGUGAAAACAGCGGAAACAACUUUUUCAUCGUGGAGAUUAUCCACGAACGAUGUGACCGAAGAAAGUGACAGUUCUUCAAGCUGUAGAAGAGCCUCUCAAUUUUCAAAAGCAUCAAUUCAAUCUCUCCUCUCUAUGGACGAUACUAUUCUUAAUGGUGUAGUAGAAUUACAUGAUACAGAAGAUCUAGAAGUAAGCUCUAAAUAUCUACAAACUGAUGACGUCAUCGAAGAUGUAGAAAUAAGCACAGGAAUUUCACAAACUUGCCAAGUUACUGAAGACGUAGAAAUAAGUACAGGUAUUUCGCAAAAAGAUGCAGAUUUUGGUAGUCCAAUUCAAAAAAAAAGAAGAAGCCAGGAUGGCGAAGAAGAAAACGCCGCAAGUAUGGGCGUGAGAAGCGUCUCCGUCUUCAAUAACUCUCUUAAUAUGGCAAUGUCUUACGAUAUCGCCAAAAAUGCAAUUCAAAAGGAAGACAAUUCUUUUUAUGGACUUCCAAGUAAGAUCAAGACCAUGUUUAAAAAACAUAAAGGCAUCGAUGAACUUUAUCAAUGGCAAGAAGAAUGCUUGAAUUUGGAAGCCGUAAAAAAUAGGAAGAAUUUAAUUUACGCCCUACCAACGAGCGGAGGGAAAACUUUAGUCGCUGAAAUUUUAAUUCUCAGAGAAAUCAUGUGCAAUAAGAAAAAUGCUAUCUUAGUUCUUCCAUAUGUCGCUAUCGUACAGGAAAAGGUUCAAGCAAUGGCACCUUUCGGCUUAGGCUUAGAAUUUUUAGUAGAAGAAUAUGCAGCGGGAAAAGGAUCAUAUCCCGUCAAAAAACGAAGGAAAAAGAACAGCGUUUACAUCUGCACAAUCGAAAAAGCAAUGGGAGUUGUUAAUAAUUUAAUAGAAUUGAAUCGUCUCAGUGAGAUUGGAAUUAUAGUCGUUGAUGAAUUACAUUUACUGGGUGAAGGAGGGAGUAGAGGAGCAACUUUAGAGGGCUUGCUGACAAAAGUAAUGUUUUCAGAUGAAAACCUGCACAUUGUCGGAAUGAGUGCAACAAUCGGAAAUUCAAAAGAAAUAGCGGAUUUUCUUAAUGCCGAAGUAUACGAAAACAAUUUUAGACCUGUCAAAAUUCAGGAAUACGUCAAAUCCGGUUCCGAAAUUUGCAAGAUCGAUCUGAAAAGUGAUGAAGUUUUUACAGAUAAAAAAAUUAUAAAUUAUUCCUAUACGCCAGAGUUACUAAAUAUUGAUCCUGAUCAUAUCGGUGGUUUAAUAAUGGAUGUAGUACCAAAAGAUUCUUGCUUAAUAUUCUGUUCGAAUCGUAAAAAUUGCGAGAGCGUUGCAAAACUCUUGUCAAAAGUUCUUCAAAGAAAGCUGCUAGAAGAAAAGAAGGUGGAAAAAAUGUCCUUAGUGAAAGCAUUAAAUAUUGAAGGAGCUUUGUGUCCAAUAUUAAAAAAUACAAUUAGAUACGGUGUAGCAUAUCAUCAUUCUGGACUCACUUCAGAGGAAAGGAAAUUAAUCGAGGAUGCAUUCAGGGAAGGAACAAUCUGCGUUAUAUGCUGCACUUCAACCUUGGCUGCUGGUGUAAAUUUGCCAGCUAGAAGGGUGAUUUUAAGAUCACCCUAUAUCGGACGCGAAUUCUUAAACACAAGCAGAUAUAAGCAAAUGAUUGGACGAGCGGGACGAACAGGAAUGGGAGAAAUUGGAGAAAGUAUAUUGAUUUGCAGAUCUGAAGAAAUUCCGAAGGUGAGGGCAUUACUGACAUCCAAAAUGGAAGACGUGAUCAGUUCUCUUCAUACAGAAGAAGAUAGGGGCAUACACAGUUUAAUAUUGAGUGCAGUUUUGCUGUCUAUCGCAAAAACUAUAAAUGAUCUUUACAGUCUUACAGCGAAGACUCUUCUGAGCGUCCAAAAAAGUCGUUUGGGUGCCAACGUGAAAGAAGUAACUGAUAAGGCAACAUUAGAACUCCUGAAAAAGGGAGUUUUGAAAAUCAAAGGACACAAUGCAACGAAUAGUGAUUCUAAAGAAAACAGUACAGUACUCCCAUCCGGGGAAACCGAAUUAGAGUUAAGUGAUUUGGGUCGCGCUGCAAUGAAAGCUUGCAUCAGUUUGCAAGUCGCAAGUACUUUGAAUGAAGAUUUGAAAGCUGCUCAGAAACACUUGAUUUUGCAAGAAGAUCUCCACCUUUUGUAUUUAUCAACGCCGUAUGAAUUGACAAAUAUGGUGCAUCCAGUGGGCUCGGUUUACCAGGAAGUGGUGAUUAGCUUAAAGGAAAAACAAAUGAACAUCGCGAGGCUGAUUGGGAUUACGGAAGCUUGUGUAUUUAGAUUGGGUUCAGGAGGGAUGCCUAAGAAUGUUCCCGAGAGGGUGAUAAAAAGAUUCUACAUAACUUUAAUGUUGCAAGAAUUGCGAGAAGGUGUAAAUGUUUACGACGUGGCUGACAAGUAUCAAGUAAAUCGGGGAACGAUUCAAUUUCUUUUGAAUUCUGCUGCCUCCUUUGCUGCGUCGGUUGCUCGAUUUUGCGAAGAGUUAGAAGAAUUCUGGGCAUUCAAGGGGAUUUUCACCACUUUUGGAAGAAAACUCGAAUAUUGUUGUUCCAAGGAAUUAGAACCCUUAAUGGAACUACCUUAUAUUAAAGUGGGAAGAGCUCGUCAACUUUUUAAGGCUGGAUAUACAACCCGUGAGUCAAUUGCAAAUGCGACUGUGACUGAGCUUCGAGACAAGAUUGAACACUUGCCAGGAAAAACAGCCUUUCAAAUCAUCACAGCAGCUAACCUUUUGAUCCGCGAGGAGGUGGAAACUCACGAAGAUUUAGCUGCAUUUGCAAUGGAAAAAUUGAAACCUAAAAUCGUAAAUGAUUCAGAGAAUACGAUUGAUUAUUUUGCAACUCCAAAUCAAAUCGAGUUGCAAAGAGAAAUUCAAAGCCAAAGACUGAACGUAUGACGUCAAUUUCGUUUCCUGUUAUUCAAAUUUAAUUUAUAAAUAUGUUAAGUUAUAAGAAUCGUCGGUGAAGUACUGGCAAACUAGAUCAUUAUAAGAAGAUUAUUUAUUUUGUUUAUAAACUCAAAUAACUUAUUUAGAAUGAAGGCGGUAUUUUUGUAGAUCGGGUGAGAAUAAAGUUAUAAUUAAAAGU